AUGGGACUUGAAACGGAGCGGAGGCUAGGGCUUCCCGGAGGCGGCGACGGCGAGGUGGAGAGGAACGAGAUGAAGAGAGUGUUUUCGGAUAUCUCUAGCGCCAGUGGCAACGGCGGGGAGGAGGAGAGAAAGACAGAGGCGGUGGGAAGUAAGAAUCAAGUGGUGGGGUGGCCGCUGGUGGCGGCUUACCGGAGGAAACAUAACUUCGGCCGGGCUAAGAUGUACGUGAAGGUUAGCAUGGACGGGAUUGAUCGAUUGGAUGAACAAGGCAUAUUGGUGAAUUGUUACGGUUUAUUUGGCUUCUGUAAAGAGAUUGUCUACUUGGGUUCAAGAACUUUCUGGAUACAUGAAAACAUGGAAGAAGAAGAAGAAUACGUAAUGCAAGGGUUAGACGAGAUGGAUGAAGUAGUCUACAGAGAUGAAGGCAGCUCAGACUCUGACGUGGAUGAAAUUGGCUCCACGGAUAAUGAGACUCGGGAUACUACAGCAGCUCAAGCUAGAGAGGGCAGAGAUAUCCAAGGGAUACCAUGGGAAAGGCUUAGCACGACAAGGGAUAAGUAUAGAAAGAGUAGAAUAACACACUAUAGGAAUUAUGAAAAUGUUCCUCAAUCAGGGCAGGCAUCAGAAAAGGAAUGCAAAGCCACUGUCAAGAGUGGCUCGUAUUAUGAAUUCAGACGGAACUCAAGAUCUGUGAGACCAACGAUUAUGCAUUUUCAGUUGAGGAAUUUGGUGUGGGCGACAUCCAAGCAUGACGUUUACUUCUUGUCACACUACUCAGUUAUGCAUUGGUCAUCGUUAACUUGCAGCAAGUCAGAAAUUCUUAAUCUAUCGGGGCAUGUAGCACCUUCUGAGAAACACCCUGGAAGUAUGAUGGAGGGAUUUACGAAGGUCCAGGUCAGCACACUGGCAGCGAAAGAUAACCUGCUUGUUGUAGGAGGGUUUCAUGGACAACUUAUCUGCAAGUUUCUAGAUAGACCUGGAAUUUCGUACUGCACCAGGACAGCCUAUGAUGAAAAUAACAUCACCAACGCUGUUGAAAUAUACACGUCUAGCCGUGGUGCACUUCAUUUUAUAGCUUCGAACAAUGAUUGCGGAGUUCGAGAUUUCGAUGUGGAGAAUUUCAAAAUAGCUAGCCAUUUUAGUUUUUCUUGGCCGGUCAAUCAUACUUCUCUAAGUCCGUGUGGCGAAAUUCUCAUAGUAGUUGGAGAUGAUCCUGAGGGCCUUUUGGUGGAUUCUAGGACUGGACAGCCUAUUGCGACACUACGCGGACACUCAGACUACUCCUUCGCGUCAGCAUGGCACCCGAGCGGGACAACCUUUGCCACCGGGAACCAAGACCGAACCUGCCGAAUUUGGGACAUCAGGAAUCUCUCCAAAUCGGUGGCCACCGUGCGUGGACAGCUGGGGGCCGUCCGAUCCAUCCGUUACACGUCCGACGGCCGCUUCAUGGCCACAGCUGAGUCAGCAGAUUUUGUACAUAUUUACGAGGUUGAUAGUGGGUACGAAAAAGAGCAGGAAAUCGAUUUUUUCGGGGAGAUUUCUGGAAUAUCUUUCAGUCAGGAUGAGGGGGAGACACUUUUCGUAGGGGUAUGGGACCGAACUUAUAGCAGCUUCAUCGAGUUCGGUAGGCGAAGGCAGUAUUCGUACCUUGAUUCUACCGUUUAA